AUGAUAAUUUUAAUAUUACUUUAUGCUUCAAGUACAUUAGGAAUUAAUUUAAAUGAGUUUUCUGGAACAGUAGAUAUUCAAGAUAAAGGAAGAAUGGGAAUGGGGAAAAAUGCAGCUUCAUGGUCAAGAAGUGUAAAUAAAAAGUAUAGUGUAUUUUAUUAUUUAACAAUGCAACCAUGGAGAAAUUUAGAGUGGACAUCAAUUGAUAGUAAUUUUCCUAACAAUGAUCAAAGUAAAUAUUUUACUGAAAUGAUAUUUAAUCAAGAUUAUGACCGUGAUAAAAGUGAUACAAAAGUUGAAAACAUGUGUAGAAAGAAAAUGGGAUAUCCUGUUAGAGAAUAUCAAUUAGAUUGGUCUCUUAUUCCAUCUGAUACUUCUAAAUUACCAGUUGUUUCAAUUAAUGGAUUAACUUGUUAUAAAUAUGCUGCUAAACCACCAUUAACAGCUGCAUAUUUUCUAGAAAAAAUAUAUGACGUUACAAACAAAUAUGCAGAAGGAAUGUCACCAUGUAGAUUUGAAUAUAUUGGAGGUAAAGUUAUUACAUUUAGAAGUAGUUCAGAAUUUUCUGAUAAUUUUAUCACUGACUAUAAAAAUAAUAACAUUACUAAAUGUCGUGCUUCUACUAUUUUACCACCUACAAAGGAUAUGGCAGUUGGUAUUGUUGUUAAUUUGGAUAUGACUAAUACAUUAAGAAAUAUAUUUAAUGCAAUUAUUUCUUAUUUGAUUGACUUAUUCCCAAAUGAUACUUCAUUUGCUUAUUAUGUUAACUCUCAAAAUCCAUCUUAUUCAAAUUCAUUAAUAACAAAGAAUAAUAUUAAAAGUGCAUUAAAUGAAAUUACUGUUAUGAGAAAAGGAAAUGAAACAAAAGGAAUAGAAACUGUAUAUAACCAAAUGUCUUCAAAAGCAGGAAAGAAUAUUAUUUAUAUUAGUAAAUAUGCAGGAAAAGCUUCUAGUACAUUAGAAACUCUUUAUAGUCAUAAUACUACAUUUUAUGUAUUUAAUUUAGAUUCAUCAAUUGAAGAAGAAUAUUUACUUCAAGAAUUAGUUAAUAAAGGUGAACAUUACUUUAAAUCUUCUGUUUCAUCAUUAAGUACUCUUCUUCCACAAUUAUAUAAUACUAUUAUGGCAAAUAAUACCGAAUUAUGUGAUAGAAAAACUUGUAAAGGAUUUUGUGAUGGUGGAGCUCGUUGUACAUGUCCAAUGUGUUGUCAUAAUGAAUGUUAUUAUACUACAUGUAAUACUGAAAAUGGAGAAUGUGUUUAUUAUCCAAGUGCUGAACAUAAAAUUGAAAAAAGAAAAUGUACAACAGAAAGUUGUUUAGGUACAGCUAAAUGUGUUGAAGAUAUUGGAUGUACUAUUGAACAAAAUAAAUGUGUUUCAACAGUUAAAUGUUUAGAACCUUAUUGUUCAGGAAAUAACUGUGCAUUUAGAAGUAAUUGUACUGAUGAUAUUAAGCCAACUUCUAUUACUGAAUCUGGAAUAGAAAAACUUGUUUGUAGAACUUAUUCAUGUGAUAGAUCAAGUGGAGAAUGUAUUCCAAAUACCUUACAACCAUCUAGCUAUUGCCCUAAGUUAUCAAGUAAAUGUGAAGAACAUUAUUGUUCUGCUGGAACUUGUAUGGUUCAAGAAAAAAAAUGUAUUAAAGUAUCUCCAUAUGAAGAAAAUCCAUGCUAUGAAGCUACUUGUGAUAUUGACACUGGAAACUGUGUUAUGAAUUUAGUUGGAUGUAGUUCUGGAAUGAAAGUAUGUGGUAAGGUUAAUGGAAAUUGUAGAUGUGAUGCAUCUACAUCAUAUCAAUGUAAAUGUGAUACUAGUAAUGGAUGUACUAAUGGAGAAGUUUGUGAUUAUACAGAUGGUGACCCAAAAUGUAUUAAUGUUGAUAACUGUAAAGAACUUAAAGGACAUGAUAUUGUUUGGGAAGGUUGUUAUAAAAAUAAAUGUGAUGAAAGAAUUAUUAAUGGAACAAUUCAGUAUGUUGUAGUUCAAGAAGAGUAUGUAUGUAAAGAAGAAGUACCUGAAAAAUGUCUUGGAUAUGCUAAUUAUACAUGUACUGGAAAUAGAGAAUGUGCUCUUGUAACUACUGAUAAAGCAAUUCAAGAAUGUAAAAUUUGUGAUGGAGAAGAUCUUGUCAAUAAAUGUGAAGGUUUAACUACAUCACAAGGAAUUCCAUUUGUUUGUAAAGAUGGAGAAUGCCAACCACCAGAUAACUAUGAUUGUAAAAAUCUUUUCAAAGAUAGAUUAAAUGAUUGUGAAGAGUAUUAUGAAUGGGAAUAUGCAAAUGGAGAAUGUAAAGUUGUUGUAAAAGAAGGAUCAAAAAUUAUUUUAGAUAGUCAAUGUAUGUAUUGUUUAUAUGAUAAUAUUCUCAUUGAUCCAGCCAAACUUAUUAAAAUGGACUGCACUAAUAAAAAGAAUAUAAAUGGUAUUCCAUAUGUAUGUCGUGAUGGAAGUUGUCAUAUUGAUGAUGAAUUUGAUUGUACUAAACAUGAGAAUUUCCCUACUAAAUGUCUUGAUGUUCUUGAUUACAAACUAAUUAGUGGUGCAACAUUUGAUGAAUAUAAAUGUGAAUGGAAUUCAAACUCAGAAAAGGUAAAAAGUUUAUGUAAAUAUUGUAGUGGAAUGGAUAAAGAAUCUACCCUUGUUGAUAAAUGUCCAGAACAAGUAGAUGCAUCUGGAAAUCAUUAUCAAAUGACUUGUUCAGAUGGAGAUUGUAAAUAUGAUGGACCGUGUAAUCCAAGUAAUGAAUGUUUUAUUCAAAUAAAGACUGGAACAUCCCAACUUUGUGAAGCAACUAAUGUCUCUAUUUGUCCAUCACUUCCUCUUGAACAACCUGGAGAAGUAGUUUGUAUGAAAACUAAUUGUGAUGCUUCUGGAAGUGUUCCAAAAUGUAGUAGUAUAUAUGAUGAUUCUAUUUGUACAUCAAAUAUUGCUGAUGUUGGUUGUGCUUCUUUAACAGGUAAAUGUGAUACAAAUACAGGGUAUUGUAUUAAGAAACCAUUUACAGAAUGUAAUGAUGACCCAUCUAAAGAUAGAGAUUGUAGUGAUAAAUGUUAUAAUUAUACAUGUGUUGAAACUAUUACAAAUGGAGUGAUGACACAUAAAUGGACAAGUAAUAUUGAUGGACAUGCAAAAGCAUUACUCUAUAAGAAUAAAUGUCAAGAUGCUUAUUGUGACAAAGAAACAGGAGAAAUUGAAACUAAUUUUGUUCAAUGUGAUAUUGAUAUUCAAUUCCCUAAUAUGUCUAAAGCAGCUAAGAAUUGUUUCUAUUGUGAAUGUUCAUUACAGUCUGAGAGUGGAUGGAUUUUAACAAUGUAUUCUGAUUAUCCAGAUCAUAGGUUCUCAUUGGAUGCAUGUGGUAAUUGUAAAAUCAAUGAUGAAUUAGUUGAUAAAGAAGCUGUUUGUUUGUUAUGGCAAGAUGUUGAUAAUACUGCUGCUAUUGCUGCUGGUACUACUGUUGCGGUUGUUGUUGCAGUAAUUGUUGUUGUUAUGAUAAUUAUUGCUAUUGGAAUUAAACAAACCGUUGAUAUUGUUAUUUCUGCAAGAAAGAAUACUAUUGAUAAUACUGUGAAUAACCCACAAUUCACAGCUAAAGAUGAUAAUGCUACUAAUGCUAAUUUCAAUGGAUGA